AGGCCACAAAGCUAGAUACACAAGCAUUCUUUUUCCCUUCAGAAGAUUCUUCAGGUUUCCAGUUUAAGCUGUGAAGUGCAAACAACAAUCCAACAUUCAGUGCAGGUCACGCACUGCUGGAAGAGGAGAUGUGUUUUCUGACCAAGCAUCCAGCUCUUGGGGUGGUAUGUUCUGCUUUCAUAUUCAGCGUGCUCAUUGCUGAAGGACAGCCUGGGGAAGAGCAUGGGCAGGAUGGCAGCAAUCCUCCCAGCAGAGGCUCUCUGGUGGAAGUUUUACGCAUUCUCUCAGCUGAAAACACUGAGCUCCACAUGAACCACUCACGAGAACUGGUCAAAAUGUUACUGGAGAGAGCUGAGUGCCCACAGCGGAUUUAUGGCAUGCAAGAGGAUUGUAAUCUGUGCCUUGAACCAGAUGCUUUGUUACUAAUAGCUGGAGGAGAUUUAGAAGACCAUCUCAGUGAAGAAGUAUUUGAGAGAAUUUCUCUUAUUCUUCUCUACUACAUUCUUCAUCGUAGAGAUAUGUGUUCUUCAGAAUUCAGCUUGAAUAAUAAGGAUUAUAAAUUUUACCUACAGAGUAUGCUUAGUUUAAGACAUGAUGAAGACUGUUAUUAUUUUUCACGGAAUGAAACUGAAGAUAUUUUAGCUGCAGUGAGGCAACAUUUUAAAACUUCUGAAAACCAGUGUGUUGAUGUGAGCACCCUGGAGAAAAAUGCUGAUAUAAUGGACAGAGAUGGUGCUGAUGAAAACACUCUUCCACGCCUGGCUGCUUUGAUCCUUACUCUGGCUCUCCAAGGAGUCUGUAUGGGGAAAGCAAGUUUGCCUUCCCCAGAAUUCUUUAUAAAAUAUAUUUUCAGUUCUCUAAAUAGUACCACUGAGCUCCAAGUGACAGAACUAGAACAACUACUAAAUGUGCUUACAGCCAGAAAGACCUGCACUGUAAAUGGACAACUUCACAGUCACAAAAGAAGACGUUACAGUAUGGCAAUCAGCGAUACUGGAAGAAGAGAUACUCCAGUCAAAGGAAACCAUACAAAAGGAGACUAUCUGAAAGGCUAUUUUGAAGAUCGUGAAAGGAACACGGAUUGGGACCAGGUUUGUUUCUCUGCCAAUGAACUUGUGAAGAUAUUUUUGAAAAACAGUUCUUCCUCCAUUUCUAAGGACCACUUCAAGCAAAUCAGUCCAGCUAUCAUUCAACAACUUUUAAGUUGUUCAUGUCAGCUUCCUGACUUCAAACAGACGAAGCUUCCACCAACAGCUGUGGAAAAAUAUGGUUACAGCACUGUUGCUGUUUUACUUAUUACUAUUGGAUCUAUGUUUGGUACAACUCUCAUUUUAUUUAACUCCUGUCAAGAAAUCUAUACACUCAUUUUACAGCUGUUUGUCGGUUUGGCUGUUGGAACCCUUUCUGGAGAUGCAUUGCUGCAUCUUAUUCCUCAGACUCUUGGUUUGCAUAAACAUGAAACACAAGACGUAGAACAUUUCUAUGAGGGAAAAGAAUAUAUUUGGAAACUUUUAGGAAUAAUUGGAGGAAUUCAUGGAUUUUUUCUGAUAGAAAAGUGUUUCUUUCUUUUGGUAACACCUCGUGACCAGAGAAGCUCAGAAGAUUCUGAACCUGCUGAAGUUCCUCCAGAGAGCAAGGUGAUCAGCAAAAAAAGAGAUUUUGCUGUGCUGCUGAGUACAGGGCUCCCCACGAAGACUGCAAUUUUGAUGAAUUUUAUAAGUGCACUAACAGCAUUCUUAGGACUUUAUAUUGGCCUUUCUCUAUCGACUGACCCAUCCAUUCAAAACUGGAUUUUUACUAUUACAGCUGGAAUGUUCUUGUAUUUAUCUUUAGCAGAAAUGCUUCCUGAAAUGACUCAUAUUCAGACACGGCGACCCUGGUUGAUGUUUCUCUUACAGAACCUUGGAUUACUAUUAGGCUGGCUUUGCCUCUUACUUUUGGCUGUAUUUGAACAGAAAAUCAAAAUAUAAGUUUUCUGUUGGAAAUCUCGAAGUACCACUUAUGACAGUGGAUAGAGCAUUAUUCACAAUUUGUCAUGUCUGCCAUAGUGAUAUGUAAAUUAAGUUGCUGGGAUUUUAUAUCUGAACAGUAGAUAACUAUUUUACUUUAUUAACUUAUUGUUCAGAUUUUUGUAAUUAUUUUUUUUGUAAACAUGAAUGUUUAGAAUUAUGUUUUAUUUGUUACUGAGUUUACCAGAUCCCAUGCUCAAACUCACAGGAGCUUUUAAUUAGUUUUUAUUGAGACUGUUCUAGUUGAAUGCUCUAAGUGAUCUCUGCCAGUCUGAUUGAAGAAAAGAAUAAAACACUUUUAUAUGCAAUAAUUAAAGUGGACUAACCAUAGCUGAAUAAUUUGAAUACAGAAUGUUUUUUUGCCUUUUAGAACAAAGAAUUAUUUCUUUAAAUAUAAAAAGAGUAGCAAAGCUUAACUGCUAAAUGGCAUAAAGCAAUUUUAUAAAGUCUGCACUUUCUACUUUGUCAACAUAAAGAUUCUCAUCAGUUUCAUCUUACUGGU